AUGAAGAGGAUGAACAGCAGCAGCAGCAGCAACAGCAGCAAGAAAAACAGCAGCAGCAGCAGCAGCAGCAGCAGCAACGCAGUGCGGGGAGUAAAGCUGCUGAUGACAGCCAGCAGCAGCAAACCAAAGAAAACGCCACAGGAGAUGAAAGCCACAACAGCAAAGCAGCAGCAACAGCAGCAGCAGCAGCAGCAGCAGCAGCAGCAGCAGCAGCAGCAGCAGCAGCAGCAGCAAACAGCUGCAGCAGGCCUUGUGCGUGAUCUACAAACAUUCAAAACAAGGCUGCAGUCUCAGCGCUCCCGCAUUUUUCUCCCCCGCAUGCAAUCUGCUGCUGCAGCACAGCCUCUCCCGCGCAGCAGCAGCAGCAACAGCAGCAGCAGCAACAGCAGCAGCAGCAGCAGCAGCAGCGACAGCAGCAGCAGCCCUUUGGGUGCUGAAGACGACACCCUCUCCCGCGUUACAAAUUGGUUCCGCCUGGGGUCGAAGCAGCGGCAAGACACAGCAGCAGCAGCAGCAGCAGCAGCAGCAGCAGCAGGAGGAGCAGCAGCAGCAGCAGACAGAACAACACUAGAAAGACAAAACUCAUGCAGCAGCAGACAGCUGAGGAGGCUCACACCCCAAGACAGAAUAAACGCAUCAGUACUGUCUUGGUGGAGAAGAGAAACACCCCAAAAGACAGGCAGCAGCUUGCUAGCCACAAAUGCUGCUGCUGCUGCUGCUGCUGCUGCUGCUGCUGCAGCAGAAGCAGAAGCAGAGGAGGAGCAGCAGGAUAGUGAUGAAGAGGAUGAACAGCAGCAGCAGCAGCAGCAAGAAAAACAGCAGCAACAGCAGCAGCAGCAGCAGCAGCAGCAGCAGCAACGCAGUGCGGGGAGUAAAGCUGCUGACGACAGCCAGCAGCAGCAAACCAAAGAAAACGCCACAGGAGAUGGUCAGCACACAACACCCUAUCCAUGCAUGCAUGCAUGCAUGCAUGCACUGUGCAUGCAUGCAUAG